ACUUCGCUUCUCGCACAGCACUCGGACAAGCCCAGGUGAGCGUCGGAGUAAGCCUACUUCUAUCGAAAGACAAAUUAGCAAACAAGUUCUACUCUCAAUUUUAUUGAAGUAUUAUCGAGAUUUAUUUACUGUUUUGGUUAGAUAAGCCGAGAGUAUUAGGGCUUUAAAAAUUAAAAAUAUAAAUAAAAGGAAGAAAAACGAUAUUGUAUAGAAUAAAGUAUGACCACCUCCACCGAUGUACAAUUAGAGUUUAAUGACGACAACGAUGAGGAAGAAGAAGAAAGAGCGAAAGUGGAACGUUAUUUAGACGAACACAAAUCUUUCGCUUUCGAUUACUUAAGGCGGAAAUUCGGUAAAUCAGCAUUUGACACGGCGGCUGACUCAACUUCCAGUUCUGGUGCAAAUACACCGAUUAGAAAAAUUUCAUCGCAGGAAUUCGGUGGGCAAACACUCCGACCAAUGCUUACAACGGUCGAUGGUAAUCCGACCUUCUUUCCGGAAUCUAUGUCACCAGUAACUCCGAAACCUAGAAAAACGAUAAGUGAACUGAAGGCUUUAAAUGAACGUGAAAUUCUUUACGAACUUGUUAUGGAUAUAUGUAAUGACCUUGACGUCACUAGCUUGUGCCACAAGAUUCUGCAGAAUGUAUCGAUUCUCGUAAACGCAGAUCGUUGCUCAUUGUUCUUGGUUCAAGAAGAAGGCGGAUAUUUAACGAGUAAACUAUUCGAUGUAAAUUCAAAAUCAACUGUUGCUGACAGCACGGCAAACACUUACGAAAUACGCGUCUCCUGGGGCCAAGGAAUAAUCGGACACGUAGCAAAGACCGGCAAUCCUUUAAAUAUCGCAGAUGCUUACGAGGACUCCCGCUUUAACCGAGAAAUCGAUGUAAAGACGGGUUACAAGACGCGUUCAAUUCUCUCCAUGCCAAUUAAAGACACCGAAGGUCACGUGAUAGGCGUAGCUCAGGCUGUCAAUAAGCUAGGUGUAAAGGAAGAACCAUUUGGUGAACGAGAUGAGAAAGUAUUUGCAUCCUUCCUGGCAUUUUGCGGUAUCGGAAUUCGCAAUGCUCAACUUUACGAGAGGUCUGUUUUGGAAAAUAGGAGGAAUCAGUUAUUAUUGGAUCUCGCUAGAUUUAUAUUUGAAGAACAAAGAGACGUCGCUACUCUUAUUCAUAAGAUUAUGAUGCACACUCAAUCCUUACUACGUUGCGAACGUUGUCAAGUUUUGCUUAUUGAUGACGAAUCAAGCGGCGUCUACUCUCAAGUUUUCGAUCUACAAGCAAGCAGCUUUGAAAACGACGGGCCUCAAGAGGCUCGAUUUCCUAUCAAUGUUGGUAUAACAAGUUACGUUGCCUCCAAGGGCGAGAUUGUCAACAUACCGGACGCUUACAAGGAUGAAAGGUUCGACCGCAAAGUAGACGAUGAGACAGAUUUCAAAACUAAAAGCAUCUUAUGUAUACCAAUUAAGAAUGCUCAGGAUCAAGUAAUCGGCAUCAGUCAGAUGGUUAAUAAACUAGAUGGAACGGCUUUUAAUAAGAAUGACGAGAAUCUAAUGGAAGCGUUCGCUAUUUUUUGCGGCAUGGGGAUACAUAAUACUCAUAUGUACGAAAAGGCGUGUAAAGCGAGCGCGAGACAGCGAGUGGCUCUGGAAGUUCUUAGUUAUCACGCACAAGCUCCAUUAGAAGAUGUAGAAAAAUUACAUAUUACAGACGAGAAUUUCGCUCCCACUUCCUCCGAACUAGGCUUGUAUGAUCACAAUUUCUCGGAUUUCUCCCUGGAGGAUAACGAUACGAUUAAAGCUAGCUUCAGGAUGUUUUGCGAAUUGGAUCUAUUUGAAAAGUUCCACAUUGAUUACAGAAUUUUCUGUCACUGGCUCCUGAGUGUUAAAAAGAAUUACAGAAACGUUAUUUAUCAUAAUUGGCGACAUGCUUUUAAUGUCACCCACACAAUGUUUUGGAUGAUGACGCAAGCAGAUCUCGGUAAUUAUUUUACUGACUUGGAAAAGUUGGCCUUAUUUAUAGGUUGUUUAUGCCAUGAUUUGGAUCAUAGGGGGACAAACAAUCAAUUUCAAAUAAAGAGUAUGUCACCAUUGGCUCAAUUAUAUUCAACGUCUGUCAUGGAGAGACAUCACUUUGAGCAUUGUAUUAUGAUAUUAAGCACGAAAGGCACAGACAUUUUAUCGAAUUUAACAUCUGAAAAAUAUGAAAAAGUGAUUAAAUUACUGGAACAUGCAAUAUUAGCUACUGAUUUGGCAGUUUAUUUUAAGCAAAGGCCUGAAUUUUUCUCCUUAGUUGACUCUUCAACUAUAAACUGGGAAUCAGACAAGGAUAAAGAAUUAGUUAGGGCAAUGAUGAUGACUGCCUGCGAUGUUUCGGCCAUAACCAAACCUUGGAAUAUUCAAAAGAAGGUCGCCAGCUUAAUAGCAAAUGAAUUCUUUGAGCAGGGCGAUAAAGAGAAAGAAUUAAAAAUUACACCUAUAGAUAUGAUGAACAGAGAUAAAAAAGACAUGUUUCCUUCAUUACAAGUGUCGUUCAUAGACGGUGUGUGUAUGCCUGUCUACGAGGCGUUCAGUAAAUUUAACAAUAAAUUGGCGCCUUUAUUAAAAGGCUGUGAAGCUAAUAGGCAAGAGUGGAAAAAGCGCAAAGAUAAUCUAACAGAGGAUGAACAAAUUUCAAAACCUCCUAAAUAA